AUUUUCUGGGCGAAAAAGAAAAAAAAGAAAAAGAAAAAAGGUUCGCGUUUCUCUCUCUUGGGCAGCCAUGGCGUCCCCGCGGCCGCCGCCGGCGAGCCUGCGGAGCUUCCUGGACGCGCACUUCGCCUCCCCCGAGGACCUCGCCUCCGCACCGGCGCUCGCUGAGCUCCUGCGCCGCGAGUGCGUGGGCCUGGAUGCAUCCCUCCGCCGCCUCGAGGCGCAGCUCGCGUCCGUAUCCGCCUCCUGGCUCGCGCGCUCCGCCGGCGCUCGCGCAUCUCUCCGCCGCAUCCGCUCCCGAGUAUUAUUGCUUCGGGGAUUCCGCUCGGGUUUCAACGGAUUUUAUCGGUGGUAGGCGGGGGAUUCGGAGUGGAGGAGGAUGAUGGCGAGGAGACGCUGCGGAGCGCGGAGCUGCCGGCGCUUGUGCAGGAGAUCCAUCGGAUCGACGCCAUUCGACUCUAUGCGGUUGGAAGCUUUUGUUGGUAACCUAGAAGAUGCAACGUUUUCCAUCGUUAGACAGGCCUCAAAGUUGAACUUGUCCUCGGUAUUUAGGCCAGCAUCUAAUGAAAUGCAAUGGAAGCAAGAAAAGUUGCUCCAGGCUGUUGAUGCCAUGAGGGAUAUUGAACUAGAGUUGCUACGGAUCAGCACGAAUAGGCCACAAUGGACCAAUCUUAUCAUGGCUGUUGAUUCUAGAGUGGACAAAACCCUAGCAAUUUUGAGACCUAAAGCACUAACAGAUUAUCGAGCUCUACUUGCAGCACUUGGCUGGCCACCUUCCUUGUCUUCACCAGAUGCAGCAAAUAAUAAGUACUCGGAAAUUCCAAACCCCCUCAUCUUAAUGAAUGAGGCAAAUAAAGAGAAGUAUUCACAAAGUUUUCUAGCACUGUGUGCUCUGCAACAUGCGCAAGCCAACUGUGAAGCGCGUCAAUGCCAAGCGAAAGGAGCAAGUGCUAGCAUGUCAGAUUCAAAGUACUUUGAUAAAACUGCUGCAUGCUUUGAUAAUGGACUUUGGGCAAUUGAUGAGUUGGUUCAGCCUAUUGCUUCCAGGUUGGAAUAUCAUUUUGCUAAAUGGUCUGAACAGCCGGAGUUCAUUUUUGCCCUUGUUUACAAAAUAGCAAGAGAUUUUAUGGGUGGUGUGGAUGAUAUAUUGCAGCCUUUGAUUGAUCGAGCAAGACUUGUGGGAUUGAGUGCUAAAGAGUCUUGGGUAACUGGAAUGGUGAAAAUGCUUCUAGGUUACCUUGAGAGGCAAAUUUUCCCAGUCCUUGUCACAUCUUAUCAGGCUACUGAUGACAAAUUUGAAGUACAUUCCUCAUGGAUGCACUUGAAUGACCUGAUGAUUACUUUUGAUAAAAGAAUGCAGUUGCUUGCAGAUUCAGGAAUACAGAAGAUAGCUUCAAUUUCUGAAGGCCUGUCCAGGUCCUUAUCUGUCUUUUCCAUAUAUAGCGAGCAUUCUGAUUGGCUUCACAUGUGGGCUGGUGUAGAGCUUAAUUCUGCACAACAUAAGCUCAAAUCUGAGAUGGAGGAUGAGAUAAAUUGGUCAUAUAGUAUUAAAGAGCUUGGUCUACAAGAGAUCACUAGUAAUUUUCUUCUGUCUACAAGAGAAGAUUACAAAGCUCCAACAAUUUCUGAAUUUGUGGUCAAAACUGCAUCUGCUAUGAUUGAAAGAGGCCAUGCUCUGCCAAAUAGGGGAUUAAGGAUUCAGUAUAACAGAUCCUCUUCAGUCCAGUUCCUGAGUGAUUUCUUUCUUGUCUUACGUGAACGAUGUGAAGCCCUACAACUGACAAAUACAGCUUUAGAAGAUGAUUCUUUACUAAAAGCUUCAUUUGCAAUUAAUGCUGCUCGAUAUUGUGAAUAUGUUCUUCGGGAAUGGGAUGACGACAUAGUUUUCCUGGAGAUGGGUGCCCAUAGGAAACAUGUUGAUGAAGGCCAGGGACAAGGCCACAAACACAGUGCCCAACAUCCAUGUUCUUUCUUUGGCGAUGAAAUCGCCUUCUUGGCUAAAUUGGGGACCGAUUAUCUGGAACAGAUUAUGUCUUCCGUUCUGCUCGAGUUUGAAGAUCUAUCCUGGGACUAUGUCCAAAACAUUGGAUUGCCCAAUGAGCAGAUCCAUCCAGUUGAUGAGGUCCUGGAUGAAGAAAAUCUCGGAGUAUCUCCUGGAUUUGUUGCCUCUCUAGAAGUUGUGAGAGACAGAACCACCAAACUGAUGCUACAUCUUAAUUCGAAGGAUUUCCUUGAUCUGUGGAGGAGUAUAGCAGAAGGCCUCGACUACUUCAUCUACAGCAGCAUACGAUGGGGGGAGUUGACAUUCUCUGACCAAGGAGUUGUACAGCUAAGAGUCGAUACGAAGGCCCUUCUCCACAUCUUUAGGCCCUUCUGUUUAAGACCUGAAGCCUUUUUUCCAUUCAUAAGUGAUUCCCUGAGGCUGUUAGCCAUGAGAAAGACAGAUGCACGAUACCUGUUGGAAGUGCUCAAGAAUGCCAAGGAGAAUGACAGUUGCCUGAGGCAACAAGGACUGCAACAUGUAAAUGCAAGCCAAGCUAUGAAAAUCUUAGGUAGCAAAAGGUCUGAUGGAUAAUCUUCUUACCUUAGCGUAGAAGACCUGCUGGAGAUGAUCAGAAUAUGAUUUUGCCUAUGCUGGGCUGCUCUAUGUCACUAUGAUGACGGCAAUCUUCUGCCUGUCCUCCUUCCAGGAAACAUCUCUUCUGAGAAGUUUAACACGUGGUUAGUGGUUACCGGCUGCAAUUCCAGGCCCACUCCAAGGAUAAUGCGCCUGUUGGAACGCAGGAUAGCAAAACAGUUUGCGUUUCAAGAUUGAAGAGACUUAUCUGGUGUUCGCAGCAGCUUCGCGUUGAAACUAGUUUUGGCAUGUACUACAUUCUCUCCAGGGUGAUGAGACCUGCGAGUCUUGGACGACAAAUUGGAGAUGGCCGCUUUGCAACGCAAAAGUCCGCCGCCGCCGCCCCCUGUUUAUCGCUUCUUUGACCGGCUCGAUCGUAAUCAACCCAAACACAUCAUGUUGCAUGCAAAGCUAGCAGAUGUAACAACAAAAUAUUCAAGAUCUCGUCUGCCUCAAAUUCUCUGAGUAAUAUAGUCAAUGUUCACCGUCUCGCAGACUAUGAUUAUGUCGCAUAUCUCAUGUAUGCCGUGUUAAUCCUGAUCCGUACCUUGAAAAAAAAGAUUAUAAUCUUAAUCUUGAUCUACCUGGUCACCAGUUGCAUGUACAUAAAUAAAACCGCCAGAUCGCUCUCCUUUGACUCCAA